AUAAGUCUCACAAAAAUUCUUCUCCAAGCUGAAAACUUUAUUGCAGUGUUACCAUUUUUAUCUUUUUCUUGUUUGCUUCAGACUAGUCAUUAAAAUCACUUGUUUUCCACUUUAGACUUUUUUUUGUUUUUUUGCUAGUGAAUGAAGUUUCUGCUUGAGAUCAGUUUGAUAUUUUAGCUGUUUAAACAGUGAAUACACAAAAAAGACUUGCUUUUUGCUGGCAAAGUUGCAUUCUUGGGUUAUUUUCAAGAAGUAAAAAUGUGUGAAGGGAAGUUUGAUUCUAUGGCAAAAGAGACACUCAAAAUCCUUUGUAGAAGCCAUGGCUGGUCUUAUGGAGUUUUUUGGGGUUUUGAUCACAGAAAUUCUUUAUUAUUAACGUUACAAGAUGCAUACUAUGAGGAACAAAUGGCAGCUGUGAUUGAUGAAAUGCUUUUGCAAGUCCAUAUUGUUGGAGCAGGGAUAAUUGGCCAAGCAGCAUUUACUAAGAAACACAAAUGGAUGCUUUCUGAUGCUAAUCAUGAAAAGCAGAUCUCCAUUGGAUCAUCUAAUAAUUCCAAUUUAUUCCAGGAUGAUGCUGAAUUUGAGCAGCAAUUUUCCACUGGGAUCAAGACAAUUGCUGUAAUCUCAGUUGAACCACUGGGCGUUCUGCAAUUUGGUUCUACUACUAAGCUUCCAGAGAGGACAUGUUUUGUGGAUCAAUCUAGAAAACUUUUCCAGGGGAUAGAAGUCAAAGCAGGAAAUUUUCCAUCACAACAUUCACCUUCUUGUUCAGUUUGGGAGAAUCUGCAUUUUGUGAAUUCCAAUGCUUUGCCAACUGCAAACAAUGAAAGUUUUAUGAAGGAAUCUUGUUUAUUAGAAGAUCUCAUAGCGGACGAUCAGAUAAUGACAUCUGAUGCAGCUACAUCAUCUUUGAGUGAAAACCAGUUUCAAAGAGUUCAGUUCAAUUCCUGCAGCGGCCAAUUUGACACUCAAUUACAGCAAUCGACAUUCCAGUCUGCUGGUGUCUUUACCGGCUUCCAGGAUUCCUGUCUGACUUCAACCUGGGAAGAUCUCACAUCAGAUAUGAGCAUACAAGAUUUCGAUUAUGUCCUUUCCACGGAGCCAAACCAUUUUGGAUAUGGGGCAGAUGCAACUCAAAACUUUCAUGAGAGCACAGCAUUCAGUUCCUCAGGUGGAGUCGAAGUAUUUGCUAAUGGGGUUAAGACCACCGAGCAGUAUUGCACACCGUUGAUCAACCAGAGGAAUGAUGGAGCAGUUGGUACUAUCAAUGACACCCUAUUCGAUAUGAUGGGAAUUAUCUCAGCGUCUGCCAAUCUAAACGAGCAGUGUAAUUUUAAUGUAGACUGUGAUGCUUCUGUUUCAAUACAGAGUUCCAUCACCAAUGCCUUUAACCAUGUUGAGAAAGGAAACUGUUCAAACAUGUCUCCCUUUGGGAAAAUGACUGGUUUGAACCCAGAUGUUAGUGGUCAUUACCCGGACUUUAGCACUUCCAACUGUGGAUGGAACUCUGGUCAAGCUAAUGAACUCAGAUCUAGGCCGGAUAACAGGUUAUUCUCAAAACUGGGAAUAGACCAGCUUCUUGAUGACGCCUUGAACGGAUCUUGUUCAUUUGCUGGAUCUGUUUCCGAUGAUCAGUUGUCAGUAACAAAUAAAAGAAGAAGAAUUGGAAGUUCUUCAGGAUGCAAUUAUCUGGCAAUGCCUCCUAAUUUUUCUAGCUUUGAUAAGAUUACAAAGUUGGACAGCAACCUUGAGGCGAAGAGUGAGGCCAUCACGAAAUUGGAUGCAAGUACAUUGAUUGGAGACAGAUGCAGCAUCAACGCUUGCAAUACCAUUUUACCAGUUAAAGGCAAUCAAAAAUCCUCAAAGCCUACUAAGAAGAAGGCUAAACCAGGGACUCGGCCUAUUCCUAAAGAUCGGCAGCUGAUCUAUGAACGUCUUUCAGAGUUGCGAGAGCUUAUUCCCAAUGGCGAGAAGAUGAGCAUUGAUCGCUUAUUACACAGAACUAUAAAGCACUUGCUUUUCUUGCAAGGUGUUACUAAACAUGCUGAAGGACUCAAAAGGACUGAAGAUUUGAAGCAGGAUGCUAAAAUUCGGUUAGAGAUGUCCAAGACUAAUGGCAAUGGAGUUACAUGGGCAUGUGAAAUUGGCGAUCAAACAAUGGUUUGUCCGCUGAUAGUUGAGGACCUUAGUACCCCUGGUCAAAUGCUCAUAGAAAUACUCUGCAAUGAACAAGGUUUCUUUCUGGAGAUGGUAGAUAUAAUUCGAGGCUUUGGCUUGAACAUAUUGAAGGGAGUGAUGGAAUCUCGCGAGACAAAGAUGUGGGCACAUUUUGUUGUUGAGGCUGAGGCAAACAGGCUAGUAACAAGACACGAGAUUUUUUCAUCCCUUGUUCAGCUGUUACACUUGACGAAUACAAGUGAAGUCGGUCUGAACAAUCAGCUUCAGAAUAUAACUGGUGGAACGACUGCUCUAAAAAACGAUUGCCCAAAAUCUGCUCUGCCCAUAUCUAGCAGCUUACCUGAAACAAUUCGAUGUGUAAUAUAGCGAACAUUGAACUUACUAUAGGAUCUGUUUGUGGUAACAUAGAAUAUGCAGAGGAGCAUAUAUUGAGAAGAAGGUGUUUCAAAAGUUUUUCCCUUUUCAAGAUUGCUCCUUCUUUUACACCUUAGGAUUAUCUUCUUUUUCUCUCUUAGUAGAGUUUGAUAGUAUAACUUUAAGCUGACUGACUAGCUAGGUAGUUCCAGGUUACUUUUGAUUGUUCUUUUUUGCAAUUUCUGUUGUUUCUUCUGUAAUUCUGAAACAUGGAUUACUAAGAAGAAAUUACAUUAGUCUUGCUUGACAUAUAUUAACAUCCUUCAUGAUCUUUGUUUUACCUUUUCCUA